CAGAGGCGAGCGAGAGGCGGCGGGAGGCGAGCGGGGCCGGCCAUGGUGCCCUCGCUGCUGCUGCUGCUGCUGCCGCUGCUGCUGCUGGCGGGCUGGGCGGGCGCGGGCGGGCGCUGCCCGCUGCGCUGUGCCUGCACGCACGGAGCGCUGCGCUGCCCGCCGCCGCCGCACGGAGCGCAGCCCGCGCCCGCCCGCGCAUCAUUUACUCAUCUCCCUGUAAAAGUAAUCCCAUCCCAUGCAUUUGAAGGACUUCAAGAUGCCUUCAUCAUUGAAAUCUCUCAGAGCGACUCCCUGGAGAGAAUAGAAGCGAGUGCCUUUGACAGCCUUCCCACCUUGUCUGAAAUAUUAAUCCUGAACACAAAAAAUCUGUUGCACAUUGAGGAUGGAGCAUUCAGGAAUCUUCCAAGGCUAAAAUACUUGAGCAUUUGUAACACUGGAAUAAGACAAUUUCCAGACUUGACACAAAUCUUCUCACUGGAAGCUCAUUUUAUUUUGGAGCUCUGUGAUAACUUGCGUAUGACAAUUAUACCACAAAAUGCUUUCCAAGGGAUGAACAAUGAAUCACUGACACUCAAGUUGUAUAAAAAUGGAUUUGAAGAUAUCCACAGCCAUGCCUUCAAUGGGACAAAGCUGAAUCAAUUAAUCCUGAAGGACAACAAGAACCUCAGGCGGAUACACAACGAUGCCCUGAGAGGGGCCACAGGGCCAGAUGUCCUGGAUAUUUCUUCAACAGCGCUGGAGUCCCUGCCUAGUUAUGGGCUUGAGGCCAUUCAGGUCUUAAAUGCAACGUCAUCUUACUCAUUAAAGAGGCUGCCACCACUGGAUAAAUUCAGCAGUCUUCUGGAAGCUGUCCUAACAUAUCCCAGCCACUGCUGUGCUUUUCGAAAUCUAAGGACAGAAAAACAGAAUUUGUUGCUUUCCAUUUUUGACAACUUCUCCAAGGAGUGUGAAAGCACCAUGAGGAAACCUACUAACGAAAUACUAGAGGACUCCAACAACACAUUGCUGUGGUCAGUGGAGAGGAACACGCACCCCUUUGUGACAGAUGAUGAAAGUUCUCCCUACAGCUACUCAACCAUUUUCGAUGACAGCGAAAUGGCCGGCUUUGACUUUGAGUACGACUUUUGUCAGCCUAAAGUCCUCACGUGCACUCCAGAACCAGAUGCCUUUAAUCCCUGCGAAGACAUCCUGGGAUACAGCUUCCUCAGAGUGCUGAUCUGGUUUAUAAACAUCCUCGCCAUCGCCGGCAAUUUCACCGUGCUCCUCGUUCUCCUGACCAGCCACUACAAGCUCACCGUCCCUCGCUUCCUCAUGUGCAACCUCUCCUUCGCCGACUUCUGCAUGGGGCUGUACCUCCUGCUCAUCGCCUCCGUGGACGCCCAGACCAGCGGCCAGUACUACAACCACGCCAUCGACUGGCAGACGGGCAGCGGCUGCAGCACCGCCGGCUUCUUCACGGUGUUUGCCAGCGAGCUGUCGGUGUACACGCUGACGGUGAUCACCGUGGAGCGCUGGCACACCAUCACCUACGCCAUGCAGCUGGACCGCAAGCUGCGGCUGCGGCACGCCGUGCCCAUCAUGCUCGGGGGCUGGCUGUUCUCCAUCGGGAUAGCUGUGCUGCCUCUCUUCGGGGUCAGCAGCUACAUGAAGGUCAGCAUCUGUUUGCCCAUGGAUAUCGAAACGGGCCUGUCCCAAGCCUACAUCCUGCUGAUCUUGGUGCUGAAUGUUGUCGCCUUCAUUGUCAUUUGUGCUUGCUACAUCAAGAUUUACAUCGCCGUGCAGAACCCGGAGCUGGUAGCUGCCAAUAAAGACACCAAGGUCGCCAAGAGAAUGGCAAUACUGAUCUUCACGGAUUUCACCUGCAUGGCCCCCAUCUCGUUUUUUGCCAUAUCUGCUGCCUUCAAAGUUCCUCUCAUCACAGUGACCAACUCCAAGAUCCUGCUGGUUUUAUUUUACCCCGUCAACUCCUGCGCAAACCCCUUUCUCUAUGCGAUUUUCACCAAAACGUUCCGGAGGGAUUUCUUUCUGCUGAUGAGCAAGCUUGGCUGCUGCAAGAGCCGAGCAGAGCUCUACAGGAUGAACUAUUUCUCUGCUUAUAACUACAACUGCAAGAAUGGCGGCGCAGCCACAGCCCCCAGCAAAGCCUCUCAAGCAAUCCUGCUCUUGUCAGCCUUAGAGAAGCCCUAUCCUGCAACACGGGACAAGACAUCUCACAAGGAAAAUUAACCUGGAGUGCCAAGAGAUGCAGCACUUUGCAAAGCCAGUUGUGAUUAUCUUAGUGACUAGGGAUUGUUUUAAAGUAUCUUGAACAUUUCAUAAUAAAUAAAAAUGCCAGUCAGUAAUUCUUAUGCAACAUAACUGUUCUGAAGUUCAAAGUGGUGUUUUCCGUUCUCUUCCUUUGUGGUGAUAGGUGUGGAAGGCGGCUAUUAGGCAAAACUUUUCUGUAUGAGGAACCAGAAGAGUCCAGGAGUAGUCAAGUUGCUCUUGAGGCUAACAGCUACUGCAGUGAUUGUAGCCGGGCUUCUUUUUCUCCAGAUCGGCUUCCCUGGAGUAUUUAA